CGCCCACGCAACAAAGCAUUGUCACUCGCUCCUCCCUCCCCUUCACUUCACUCCUCGCAUCCAAUUCUCCCUCUCUCUCUCUCUCUCUCUCUCUCUCUCUCUCUCUCAAUUUUCGCGAGAAACAAACAGAAAACCUAAAGAAAAAACGAAAAGAAAUUUCUUAAUAGCCUCUCUGUGCUUCUCUGCUUUUCGUUUAUUUUACGGUGAAAUGAAUAAGUUUUGGUGAAAGUGCGGUGAAAUUAGGGUUUCGUUUGAUUGAAGAUGAUGAUUCCAUGGGGUGGAAUCAGUUGCUGUUUGAGUGCAGCUGCUCUGUACCUUCUUGGAAGAAGCAGUGGAAGGGAUGCAGUGCUUCUUAAGUCAGUGGCUCGGGUGAAUCAGUUGAGGGAAUUGGCUCAGUUAUUGGAUGCUGAGUGUAUAUUACCUUUGGUUGUCACAAUUUCUGGAAGAGUUGGUUCUGAAACCCCGGUCAACUGUGAGUUCAGUGGUUUACGGGGUGUUAUUGUAGAGGAAACGGCAGAACAACAUUUUUUGAAACACAAUGAUGCUGGGUCAUGGAUACAGGAUUCUGCUUUGAUGCUGUCCAUGAGUAAAGAGGUUCCAUGGUAUCUGGAUGAUGGAACUGGUCGUGUAUUUGUGGUGGGGGCUCGAAAUGCAUCAGGUUUUGUACUACCAGUUGGAAGUGAGGUUUUUGAAGAGUCAGGAAGAUCCCUGGUACGUGGAACAUUAGACUAUCUCCAAGGCCUAAAGAUGCUUGGAGUCAAGCGAAUUGAACGAGUACUUCCAACUGGGACUUCCUUGACUGUUGUUGGUGAGGCUGUAAAAGAUGAUGUUGGAACAAUACGCAUUCAACGACCCCAUAAAGGGCCAUUUUAUGUUUCUCCCAAAUCCAUUGACCAGCUCAUAGCUAAUCUUGGGAAGUGGGCAAGGUGGUAUAAGUAUGCAUCUAUGGGUUUGACGGUGUUUGGUUUCUAUCUCAUUGCUAAGCGCACUAUCCAAUAUUUCAUGGAAAGAAGGCGACGUUCUGAAUUGCAGAGAAGGGUUCUUGCUGCCGCUGCCAAGAGAUCAGGGCAAGAAAAUGAAGGUUUAAAUGAAAAGGCUGACAUUGAGUCAGAUGGUGCUAAAAGAGACCGUCUAAUGCCAGAUAUAUGUGUCAUAUGUCUCGAGCAGGAGUACAAUGCUGUUUUUGUUCCGUGUGGACAUAUGUGCUGUUGUAUAACAUGCUCUUCACACUUGACCAACUGUCCUCUUUGCCGGCGGCGAAUUGAGCAGGUAGUGAAGACUUUCCGUCAUUGAGGUUCUAGCAACCAUGCCAGAUGCUCAGAUUUGAAUGAUAGUAGUUCACAUGUAGGAAUCUCAAGGCCUAAAUUUUCCUUCAUCAUGAGAGUUUUUUGCUAAAUGGGGUAAAAAUUGUGAUAAGCCUUCUCUACAGCUUUCUGUUAGCAAGUUUGAAAUCUACAUCUGUUCGGAGAAAUGGUCCCCACGUGAUUACAAUGUAGAUUAUUCAUCGAUAAGCAUAUUGUUGGGCUCUUCUGAAUUGUAAAUAAUUUACAGCUAGACAACCCUGUAAAUUGAUGUGAUUCAUAGAAUUUUUUAUGUCUUGACUAUUGUCUCUGUUUUGGUCUGCCAAUGGAGAUGCCAUAGUUACUUUGUGCCUCUCUCUUUUGCGGCCACCUUACCAUGAUGCCCAAGUACAUGAUACUCUGUCUGGGAUUUUUAUUAUUUUUAUAAUAUAUACGAUUGAAGCAUGGUCUAA